UGAAGUCCACAAGUCUUGGGACUUCCGGUUUUGGCAGCCGACGAGACGGGUGGAAGAAGCCAAGGCUCCAGCUUCCCAGCCCGAUUUCGCUUUGCCCAACGACCCUUAAAGAGUCGGAAAGUUGCCCUGGAGGGGCAACGAAGAAGGAGGGACACUCCAGGAGCUCGGAUCAGGUGGCGGUCGAUCGAAGUAGACUGAAGAAAUCCUCUGAAAGGAUGGAGGAAAGGCUGCCGGAUGAGCCAAGGCAGCCCAAGUCACCAGCCAGAAGGAAAGCAAGGAGCCACGGCCCUCUGCUAAACAGCUGUCAACAGCGUGCUGAAGCUGGGUGUUUUUUUCUUUUCCUUUUGGAUUAUAAGACGUUGAGCCCCUGAUGGGGAAGAGCUAAAAAGUAAAGACCCCAGAAAGAUCGGAUCUAAAAGCAGUGAGCAAUUACAAAAGGGGAGGAUAUUUAAGGAAUACAAGAAAAACCUUUAAAAAUUGAAUUCAGAUUGAUUCAAAAAAGGACUGACUAUUUAACCUACAAAGGUGAAAAUUUUCCAGAUAUAAUCUCAAGGGUAAAUAACCUAUAAGGGACUUUAAAAGAAAAACUUUGUGAAAAUUUUCUAAAAUCAGACAUUGAUAAAUUAGUGUAUGAGGACAUCUAGUCGUGAAAGAAGAAUCUACAGAAUUAUUAAACACUAAAAAAAUCUGGAAAUAUUUGACCUUGAACAACACCUGCUGUAAACAAAGUGCCUUGGCAUGACUCUACAAUAGAAAAUACUUUUUCAUAACUAUAUUUGUUGACUCUGGAUAUAACUAAACAGGAACUACUUGGAGACAAUGAACACUUUACAUCUGAGACCUGACUGGAGCAGGUGGACUUGGCCUAAAGUAGCUGGCUCCUUUUUACAUCUUGGAUUUUACUCUGUUAGCACAACAAAUAUUACCAGACUUAUGAAGAUUACUUCUUCUGCACCCUCUGUUGGAACAUCUAACCCAACAACCCAGGGAUCUAUUAAAACAAUGCUGCAGCAUGAGAAAAUAAGCACUGCCAAAAAUGAAAUGCAGGCUACACUAAAAUUGAUUCAAGAGUCAAUGCAAAGAAACCAGGAAGAGACACAAAGUAUUUUUGAGAAAUUAAGUGAAGAAAUUUUGGAUAUAAAGGCACAAUUUGAAAUUCAUCAUCAAAUGAUUGUCAAAAAUGAACAAAGAAUUCAGAAAAUGGAAAAUAAAUCAGAUGAUAUUGAUACAAAAAUGGAAAUAUUAUUGCAAGAAAAUAAAAAAUUAGAACAAGCAAAUCAAAAUUUAUAAGGGGUGGUCGCGAUCUUGGAAAUGGAGAAGGUGGAACAGUACUUGAGAUUUCAAAAUAUCCCUGAAGACAGAAAAGAAAACAUAGCAGUUGUGAUCAUUGAGCUUCUGGCAGAAGCUUUGAAAGCAGAUAGAGCAGAGAUGCAGAUGGAGAUAGACGAAAUAUUUCUAAUGAACUUAAGCUAUGCAAAAAAAAAAAAAAAAAAAGACCAAACUACCUAGAGAAGUACAUGUAAGAUUCAUAAAGAAAACAACGAGAUGAAGUACUGAGAAAAGUGAGAGAUGAGCCAUUACAAUACAAAAAUAAAGAAAUUGUGGUCUUAAAACAGAUACUUAAGAUAGUAAGACAUACUCGAAGACAUUACCACUUUUUAACCACAAAGCUGAUUGCAAAAGGCAUACAUUUUAGAUGGUUAAUGCCAGAAGGCAUUUUAAUCAACUGGAAUAAUACAAGUAUCGACUGGACUCAGUCUGAAAGCAGGAGACUUCGAAGCAAGAAAUCGAGCAAUUCUAGAUGAAGGAGUACCUCUGGACUAGACAUAAGUAAUGGAAAUGGAGAAAGAAAAUUGAAUUUUUUCAGUGAAUGUAAAUGGACUAAAUUCCCCAUCAAAAAGAAAUAAUUUUUUUAGGAAAUUAGAGAAAUUAAAUAUGUUUGCAAGAGACACAUAUAAAAAAACAUCAUAAACUGGAAAACCCAAAAAUUGGGAAACUUUAUUAUGCAUCAGUGCAUCAGAAAAAAAGAGGUGUUGCUGUAUAUAUUAAAGAGAUAAUAGACUCUAAAAUGGUUACUCGGAUGAAGAAGGAAGAAUUGUGAUGGUAGAAAUAUAUUUACACCAAAAAUAAACAUUGUUAGCAGCAAUCUAUGCACCAAACAAUAACCAAGAAGAAUUUUACCAAAGCCUCCGUAGAAAAAUAAUAGAAAUGGAGUACCAAAAUAUUUGUUUAGUAGGAGACUUCAAUGCAAUAGUAGGUGGGGCAAUUGACUAUAAAAGCAGUAAAAUAGGAAAAACCGGAAGAUUACCUAGGACAUUUUUUAAUAUGAUAGAUGAAAUUGGAAUACAAGAUUUUUGGAGGGACAUUAAUCCAGAAAAACUACAAUACACUUAUUAUUCAAAUAGUCAAAAAUCCUGGUCAAGAAUUUACACGAUUUGGAUGAUGUCUGACUUGAGGAUGAAUAUACAGGAAAUUGAGAUUGAAAUAGGCGCAUGAGCAGACCAUAACCCUUUAAAAGUGACAUGGAGAGGAAUACAAAAAAGACCCAGAUGGACUUUAAAUCAAUCUAUACUAAAAGAGAAAGAAUUUAUAGAAUUAGCGAAAAAAAAAAUGAAGUUCUUUAGAAAAAACAAAAAAGAAGACACAACAUUACAAAAUGUAUGGGAUACAGCUAAAGCAUAUUUUAGAGGCAUAGCUAUAACAUACACGGCAAAGAAAAAUAAACAGAGAAGACAGCACUAUGUACUACUAAAAGCAAAAUUUGGAAAGCUAGAAUCAGAACUACAAAAAAAUCCGCAGAAAAAGACUUUGAAAAGAGAAAUGGAAAUAAUAAAACAUAAACUAAAUCUGUUGGAUUCAGAAAAAGUGGCACAGCAGAUAAAAAGAGCAAAACAUUUUUUUUUUGAAAAUGCAAAUAAACAAGGAAGAUGGUUGGCUUAUAAACUUAAAAAAACAGAAAGAGAUGGAAGUCCAAAAGUCUUAAAGUUGCCAAGGUUGGAUGCCCCUGGUUUAGAAACUGCUCACUUUGUCUUCAGUUGUUGGGAGUAACAAAUGGAAAAGUGUCCCUUGGCCUGUAGCUGAAUAUGGCACCUUAAAGUGAUCUGAACUGUAAGCAAUAGCAGUAGCCCUAAUAUACCGCUUCACAGUGCUUUACCAGCCCUCUCUGAGCGGUUUAUGGCCCACAAUCAUCUGGGUCCUCAUUUUACUGAAGGACAGAAGGCUGAGUCGACCUUGAGCUGGUCGCUGAGACCCUCAGAGCUCUGCCAGCUGCCGGAGUGGAAGGCCAGAUUGCUCGCCAUGGCCAGCCAAGACCUUGCCAACGCUCAGGAGCUCCUGGACCUCACCUUCCAAUCCCUGGCCUGCAAGCACAUGGACCUCAAGCAGCUGGAGCUGGACACGGCCGCGGCCAAAGUGGACGAGCUCUCCAAGCAGCUGGAGUCGCUCUGGACAGACCAUCCUGGGCCGCCCAUUGUGCCAUCCUUGGUGGUGGACAGGUACAGUUCCAGCUCCUCCCCAGACCUGCUGAAGAUGGAGGCCCGGACUGCCUCCCCCCUGCACCAGCUGCCGCUGCAGAAGAGCCCCUCCUGGGACAUUGCUGAGCCCAGUGGCCCCCCCAGCAUGUCACCCUACAGCUCCUCGCCCAGCCAGCUCCUGGCCCCCAAGCCCACCCUGGGACGCCCCUCCUCCCCACGGCCUUCCUUCUUCCUGCAGUCGGACGUGGAUUGGAGCCCCACAGCACCGUCCAGGCCCAAGGUCAUGGCCAUCCCUUACGAGGGCCCGUCUGGCCCCGGGGCCCAUGGUGGCUCCCCCCGCUCCCUCCGAACUGCCGGCCUUCCUGAGCGCCAGUUUGACUACCGGCCAUUUCCUGCCACCGGCGGGUGGGGGGGCCGGGCCGGCUCUCCACGGCUGCCUGGGGAAGGCUCCAUCUCCCAAGCCUUCUUCCCAGAACGAGGACCCUCUCCGCGGCCCCCUCUCCCACCCCCCUACGAGAGCCACAGCCUGUAUCCUUCGGCGCCAGGCUCCUUCUGGGCACAAGAUGAUAUGGUGAUCCGCAGGAGACCACCGAAAAGCUGGAAUGAAUCGGAUCUGGAUGUGGCAUAUGAGAAGAAGGCACCUCACCCUGUUGGCUACGAGCGAGUGGAUGCGCACUCAAGCCUUCGCCAGAACCCGGCGGGGCUGCCACCGGCUCCCUGGAAGGAGUCCAGCCUAGAUGGUGGCUGGCCAGGCAAGGAGGAGCAUUAUGGGAUGCACAGCGCCACCUUGCCCAGGAACUACAAGGUCUCGGCCCUGGCUGGCGAGAGGCGGCCGGACAGCUCCUUGCGCCGCUCCCUGGUGGCCAACCAGGCGGGCACCCUGCCCCGCAACUGGCAGCCCAUCUCCCGUAUCCCCAUCCCCCCACCCGCCCUGCAGGGGGGCAGCCUCCCCAGGCGCCACAAGCCGCUGCCCCUCUCCAUGAUCUUCCGGCUGCAGAACGCCUUCUGGGAGUCGGGCGCGGCAGGCGGCAAACUCGGGCUGCCCCCGGGGCCGGUGGGGUCGCCACUGGGAUCGCCGCUGGCCCUGCGCUCCUUGCAGAAGCUGCUGAUGCAACCACCGGCAGCCCCCCCGCAGUCCCCCCACCGGACCAUGGGGCCCAGCAGCGAAGGCAGUGGCAGCCCCAGGGCUCCCGCGGGGCCAGCCGAGCGCAUCGUGCCCAUCGUCCUGACGCCGGGCGACGCGGAGGCCGAGCUGGAGAAUCUCCUGCCGGGCAGCGAGCCGGCCGAGAUGGACGACCUGGCCCGGCCCCUCAGCCCCACCCGGCUGCAGCCGGUCCUCCCGCCUGAGGCCCAGACGGUGCCCGAGUUUGAGGAAGUGGCCCGGGUGCUGGCGGAGAUGCCUCGGCCCCUGAAGCGGCGGGGGUCCAUGGAGCAGAAUCCCAGCCCAGCCCUGCUGCCCCCCCACAAGAAGCAGUACCAGCAGAUCAUUAGCCGCCUGUUCCACCACCCGCCCCGCAAGGAGGAGACUACGCCCGUGGGGGACCCCCCGCUCCUGGGGGACCUCUCACCCGUCCCUGAGGCUGCGGAGCAGAAGGCCCCGGCCACCCCCAGCCCUGCGAUGACCCCUCCGCCGGCACCAGAGAGUCCGGCCACUCUCUCUCCGGUGCCCAGCCCGGAGAAGCGUUCGGUGCUGCGCAAGGUUUCUUCCCCCCGGAAACGGACAACCAAGAAAGCGCGGCUCAAUCCCUUGGUGCUGCUGCUGGACGCGGCCCUGACCGGAGAGCUGGAUGUGGUCAAGGAGGCGGUGAAGGAGCUGAACGACCCGAGCCAGCCGAAUGACGAGGGCAUCACCGCCCUGCACAAUGCCAUCUGUGGGGCCAACUACAGCAUUGUGGACUUCCUGAUCAAUAUUGGGGCCAACGUCAAUUCUCCAGACAGCCACGGCUGGACACCCCUGCACUGCGCAGCUUCUUGUAAUGACACGGCCAUCUGCAUCGCUCUGGUGAAGCACGGGGCUGCCAUCUUCGCCUCCACGUUCAGCGACGGGAGCCUGGCCAUUGAGAAGUGUGACCCAUACCGCGAGGGCUACAACGAGUGCUUCAGCUACCUGGCAGAUAUGGAGCAGAAUAUGGGGCUGAUGAAUAAUGGGGUGGUCUAUGCCCUGUGGGACUACAGUGCUGAAUUCAGCGAUGAGCUCUCCUUCCGCGAGGGUGAGCCGGUCACCGUGCUGCGUCGGGAUGGCCCGGAGGAGCUGGACUGGUGGUGGGCCUCUCUCUAUGGCCAGGAGGGCUACGUACCCAAGAAUUACUUUGGGCUGUUCCCCAGGGUGAGGCCGCAGCAGCGGAAGACAUAAAGGUCCACUGAGGCCGUCGGAAGGGCAGAGCGAGAGCCCAGCGGUGGGACUGGCCUCUGUUCAUGUGGAGGGGCCAGGCACAGGGGAGGGGGCUCUUUCUCUGAUUCUGCUGGCCACCCUCCACUUUCAAAAGAGCACAGAUGAAAGGGAGGGGGUGGAUUUGACCCCGCCAUACAUCCCCCUCCCCCAAUCGCCUGGCUGUUUUCUUGCUUCUCCGUGUGAACACCCCCCCCCCUGCCCAACCUGGAGGAUAGCUUUGGGUUGGUGUCUCCCACAGCAGCUAAUGCAGCAACACGGCUUUUCCCCAUAGAAAGGCUGACCAGGGAAAUUGGUGCAGUGACUCUGGGGCUCAGCUACACUGGGGGGCUCGGCUUCCAGUUCUCCUCUGCCCCAGUUUUGCUGACUUUCCUCUGGAGCCACCAGCACACUUUGCCUUUGGCGGAAACUCUGGCCUUCCAUGACUUCAUCCUUGGGGGAACAGCAGUGCUCCCACCCCCAGAGUUGGUGCGUCUUUUUUUUACUCUCACCAACACAGUGAAGGAAGAUGGGGCACCCCUGGCUCUUGUUGCAUCUUCUUUUUGGGAAUCUGGAGAGAGAGUGAGCUGCCUCUGUGCAAGGACAGAGUGCAAAAGGGAGGAGGGGUGGCCAACGCCACCCAGGAGCUGAACUAAAAGUCAUGGGCUCUGUAGGCUUGAUGGAGGAGAACGUUGGCUCUAAAUGUGCUGUUCUUUCUCAAAAGUUCUCACUACACCCAAGACACAUAGGGGUGACAAGCACCCCAUCUUUUUGCUACGAGUUGUCACCUCUCUGCACAACUCUCAAGUGAAGGCUGGAAUCUGCUCCCCUUGUAUCUUGAUUCAAGGUUAGGACUGCUUUGCCCAGGACAGCUAAUGCUGCAGCAGGCAACUUCUCUUUUGCAGAAACAGAGAGGCCUCCCUCUCGUAGAAACCUGACCCCCCCCUUUUAAAAAUCACGUCUAAAGUUGAACCCCACCAGGGAUUCAGUUCCGAGGCUGCAGCUGUUCCACCGGCGGAGAAGCGAAUGCCCUCGGCUGCUUAGCCUGAGUAAAUCAAAGCAUCCCACUCCUACCCCAGAGGGGGGAAGGGGGGAGCUGCCCCCUGCCAGUGGGGGGACCCUGAGUCUGCCUGCCCUGCUGAGAGCCGACAGAGGCUGUGCAGCUGGGCAGCAACUGGGCUUCUUCAGAGCUGCUGAUGCCCACAGGCUGAUGUUCCAGUCAUGCUCGUUGUGCAUACUCUGCAACUGGAAUGAGACUGGGGGUGGGGAGGAGGGAUGCUGUCCCCUGCCCACUGCCUUCUUUUUGCCCACCCGGGCAGAAGCUGCAACGUGUGCCAAAGCUUGGUUUCUGUGCCUGCCUCUGCCAAGCCAGCGUGGGGCCUCCGUGAGAGCUUCGCCUGGUUAAGGGGCCCCUUCCUUUCAUGCUGCGCCUUAAUGUGGGACGGGAUGCCAAGACUUGUCCCAAUGCUUCUGGGGUGCCUUUGGUUGGCGAUUUUGGAAGGGCGAUUUUGUGCCUUUAAGGGGGUGGGGCCUUUCAGGAAUAGCUCCAUGUAGGUUGGGGGUCUGUAGCCUACAGGUCCUGCCUCUGAAGGCUGCUUCAGUUGGGGCUUGGCCAGACCCAGAUCCAGGGAGGGAAGAGGAGUCGCUGGGGAUCCAGGUGAGCCCUUCCUGGGAUUGUUGGCAGCCUUGGCUGGAAAAUGUAGCAUUCCAUAAUAAAAUGGUCUAACUGGA